CAGGAGUUCGAGACCAACAUCAUUACCUCAGUUUCAACACAGUUGUCCUUAGUCCUCAUGUCACUGCUUUUGGUGCUGCCUGUUGUGGAAGCAGUAGAAGCCAGUGAUGCAAUCACCCUUUUGUUAGGUGUGGUUCUCAGCAUUACAGGCAUUUGUGCCUGCUUGCGGGUAUACGCACGAAAAAGAAAUGGAUGA